AUGUCACCCUCAAUGCCACUCUCCCAACCAGAAAUGGUCGAGAUACAUGCCACCUUACACCCAGAGCCAGCAAUCUCACCAGAGACAAUAACCCGCAUCAACGCAGCCUACGACUGGACAGGUCCCAACGAUCCCUCCAACCCACGAAACUUCUCCCUCCUCACAAAAACCCUCAGCAUAGCAUCCAUAACAUCCCUCGCCUGGUCAUCCUGCUUCGCCGGCGCAAUAUACGCCCCCGCCCAAACCGCCGUCAGCCAUGACUUCCACCAAGGCCGUUUACCCUCUGUCCUCCCUCUGAGCUUGUAUAACCUCGGCAUGGCGUGCGGUCCACUCGUUGGAGCACCGCUAUCUGAAACGUAUGGCCGCAAGACGGUCUAUGUCGCUACGACGCCUAUAUUCCUUGCUUUUCUGCUGGGAUCGGGGUUUGCAGGGAAUAUUGUCAGUUUGUCGAUCUGUCGGUUCUUUGCGGGGAUGUUUGCGUCGCCGAACGUUAAUAAUACGUCUGCUACGAUAAUGGAUUAUUGUGCGCCGCAGUAUCGUGGUGCGAGUUUGGGGAUAUACUACUCUAUUCCUUCGCUUGGAGCUGCUGUUGGGCCGCUUGUUGGGGGGUUUGUUGAGAGGUCUUUUGGGUGGCGGUGGACGCAAUGGGUUGCUGUCGUGAUAACGUGUGUUCUUUACAUUCCGGUUUUGUUUACGAGGGAGACUUAUAAGAAGGUUGUUCUGCGAAGACGAGCUAUUAGAAUGGGUUUAGGUGAUAGCUCGUCUCAGCAGACGACUGUUGCUAGGACGAUUCGACACUUCUUUACGGUUCUCAUCCUUCGGCCUCUUCAUAUGCUGUUCACUGAGCCAAUCGUCACUCUGGUCAGUCUCUACAACGGCUUUAUCUUUGGCCUGCUAUACACAUUCAUCAUAUCCGUCCCCUGGAUCUUCAGACAUUACUAUAAUUUCAGCGCAACAGGCGAGUCCCUCUCAUAUCUGGGUAUAACUCUCGGCACUCUCUUCGCCUGCGGCCCCUUCGUCCUAAUCGACUUUUCAUACUAUCAAAAGCGUCUUAUCCAUUGGAACCAAACCCAUGAUGCAAGCGAACCCUUUCCCCCAGAACACCGCCUCAUCUCCGCCAUGAUCGGAAGUUUUCUCCUCCCCUCCAGUCUCCUGAUAGCAGGAUGGACAGCUGAAUCCCGCCUCCAUUGGAUUCUCCCCAUAUUCUUCCAGGGAAUGACAAUGCUGGCAUGUCUUUUGAUCUACGCUGGUGUAAAUCUCUUCAUGCUUGAUGCUUACGGUCCUUUGUACGGAGCAUCAGCAUCGGGUGCUAUGAUGUUAAGUAGAUAUUCUUUGAGCUUUGCUUUUCCUAUGUUUGCGCUGCAGAUGUAUGAGAAGCUUGGUGCGGGGUGGGCAACGACCCUUUUGGCGGGUAUUACGUUUUUGAUGGCGCCUAUACCGUGGUGUUUCUUUGUUUAUGGGGAGAGGAUCAGGGCGAGGAGUAGAUAUGAGUCGAGCUCAUAG